CACCGGUAAGAGGAGGAGGAGGAGGGUGAGGAGGGGGAUUCCGCUGCCACUGCAGCCUCCACUCACUCCACCUGGCUGCUGUCGCCCGCACGAUGACCACUGCUUAGUGCGGAUCACAUACACCAGCAAAAAACAAGCAGGCUUUUAAUCCAGAAAGUAUUCCUCCUCUUUGUGCGAAGAAUCUGCUUGCCGUGUGGAGGAGGACCUGUGGGAAUACAAGGAUCAAUUCAAGGGCACGUUCACAAGCUCGCCGCAUCCCUUCCCCCUUCCAAAGAUGACGGCAAGGAUAGAAAGCUGAGCCCGGGAGUACGGUGGAGCUUGAUGAAUUCCGAGGAAUCUUAAAACAAACACUGUUCUUUCGUGUUAGUUGGUGCGAGGGUAGGUUACCAUGUGGGCAUCAGCGGGAGGCGCGUGCUUCCUCCCGGCCGCCGCCAUCCUUUUGGCCCUCUGCGUCCAAUCAGCGACGACCAUGGACGACGACGUGAGGCCGCGCAUCACUUUUCGAUACGAUGCAAAGGAGAGAUCGGCUAAGAGGUUCUCUGCCGAGGGCGUCUUCAAUUACACAUCGCUGCUGCUCAGCCAGGAGGACGACAUGCUGUACGUGGGGGCCCGGGAAGCGCUGUUUGCCCUCAGCCUCUCCGACAUCAGCAGGACUAAGCUGCAGAAGAAUCUAACUUGGGCUACUCCGCUUGGAAAGAGAGAAGAGUGCAGCUUCAAAGGGAAGAACCUCGAGACCGAUUGCUUCAAUUAUAUCAAGAUUCUGCUGCGUCUCAACAGCACUCACCUGUACGUGUGCGGCACCUACGCCUUCAGCCCAGUCUGCAGCUACAUCAACACGUCCACUUUCACGCUGGCAAGGGACGACGCCGGUGAGGUGACGAUGGAGGAUGGACGCAGCCGCUGCCCUUUCAAUCCCGAGUACAAAUCCACCGCCAUCAUUGUUGAUGGUGAGUUGUACACGGGCACGGUCAGCAACUUCCAAGGGAACGAGCCUGUCAUUUAUAAGAGUUUGGGCCAAGGAAUGGCACUAAAGACGGAAAACUCUUUAAAAUGGCUGCAAGAUCCAUUCUUUGUGGGGUCGGCUUACAUCGAGGAGAGUCAGCCAAUAGGGAACCCUGUGGGUGACGAUGACAAAAUUUACUUCUUCUUCAGCGAGGCGGGGAAGGAAUUUGACUUCUUCGACAACACCAUUGUGUCGAGGAUCGCUCGCGUGUGCAAGGGCGACAGAGGUGGCGAGCGUGUCCUGCAGAAGAAGUGGACCACCUUCCUGAAGGCCCAGCUCCUGUGUUCCCUGCCAGAUGAUGGCUUCCCUUUCAACAUCAUCCAGGACAUGUUUGUCUUGAAACCCAUGGGAGACAGCUGGGAGAGCACUGUCUUCUAUGGCGUCUUCACGUCACAGUGGUACAAAGGAGCGUCGGGCAGCUCUGCAGUGUGUGCCUUCACCAUGGCACAGGUGGAACGGGCCUUCAAUGGGCGCUACAGGCAGGUCAACAGGGAGACCCAGCAGUGGUACACGUACAAUCACCCCGCACCUGAACCACGACCCGGAGCUUGUGUGACCAACCACGCCAGGCAAAUGGGAAUCCAGUCGUCCUUGCACAUGCCCGACAAGGUGCUCAACUUCGUUAAGGACCAUUUCCUGAUGGACAGUGUAAUCCGCAGCGCUCCUUUGUUGCUCAAACGCAGCGUGCGCUACACGCAGAUUGCUGUGCACAAGAUCCAGGGCAUGGAGAGGGCCUACGAUGUGCUCUUCAUCGGAACAGAUGACGGAAAGCUGCACAAAGCCGUCAACGCCGACGACAAGAUGCACAUCAUCGAGGAGAUGGUUCUGUUUCCCGUCCCGCAGCCCGUGCAGCACAUCGAACUGGACCCUCAGAGGGGCCUACUGUUUGUGUCAUCCUACUCGGGCCUUGUGGAGGUCCCCGUGGCUAACUGCUCCAACUACCAAAGCUGUGGAGAGUGUGUCCUGUCUAGAGACCCUUACUGUGCCUGGACCGGACGGUUGUGUCGGGACGUCAGGAUGGCACCGCCCGACAGCCACUGGCAGCAAGAUGUGGAGGAGGCUGAUACAUCGGCCAUUUGUAACAAGACGCUCUCCGGCCCGAGAGCUGUCCGACCAGCAGCUGCCCGUGGAUCCCGAUGCCAUCUUAUCACAAUCCCUACCAACACAUUACGGGUCUUGCCCUGCAAGCUGCGCUCCAACCUGGCCCAGAGGAAGUGGCGCUACAGCGCCAGCCAGUUCCUCUACACCACCCCCGAGGGCAGCCUGGUGGUGGUGGCGCAAGCCGACAAGACGGAGACCUACGAGUGCUGGUCGGAGGAGGAGAGUUUCCGCCAGCUGCUGGCCAACUACUGCGUGAGAGCGGAACCUCACCUCGAGAGCACCACGACCGCGGUGAGCCACUCACGCACCCCACACGUGAAGCGCGAGGAGGUCAUGAUCCUUCCAGGCGAGUCUCGCUCGGAGCAGAUCCACACCAAGACCUACUGGAACGAGCUCAUCGUGGUUUGCGCCCUGCUCGCCUUCUCCCUCGUUGUCUUCUCCUUGUUCGUCAUCUACCGCAACCGCGACCACAUGAAGUCGAUGCUCAAGCAGGGUGAGUGUGCCAGCAUGCAGCAGAAGAAGCCCAGGAUGGCCGGCAAGCCCACAGAGAGCCUGCCGCUCAACGGCAACACCAUCCCUGUGUCCACGUCGGACCACAAGGGCUACCAGACACUCAACGACAACUACAUCUGCAGCACGCCAACCAGGGAGUCCUCGCCAGAGAGCAAGAGCUUCUCCGACGCGUCCGAUGGGCGGCCACUCAACGUCAAAGAGAGCCACGUGGAGUACUCGCCCACUUGCCCCCGGCCCAGAGUGCGGUUAGGCUCGGAAAUUAAAGACUCCAUUGUGUGAGAUGAGACCCAGACAUAUUUUUGUUUUGCUCUUUUUUUUUUUUUUUCUUUCAAGCUGCGUGGGAUGGCAAAAGCAGCUCCAGCAGAGUCGGGGACUUGACAGCUGCUCUCCAAUAGUUUAGUCAAUUUCCUCAUGGCCACUAAUUGCAUACAAAAUGCGUGCAGAGUGUGGCAAUGCAAGACAGAAGACGGUCUCGCAGUAUUUAUGUCUUCAAGUCAAUUGUCCUUAGACGUCUACUGCCCUGGCCGUACAAAAGCCACCAAGUUCAGGUUCAACGAGGAUGAAAAACUGAUGCGUUCGUACUAUGUCUGUGUGGACGAUGAUGAACAGAUAAAAGACGAUGAGACUGUAUAACAGCUUAACGGAUCAAAGAGGCAACAAAAAGGCCACUAAACGCGCUAACUCGUACCUCCUGAAUGUAUGUCCCGAAAAGAAAAGAAAAGAAAAAGUCUGUUUAUUCGCUCAUACCAGUGAACGCACCGUGGGCCGUCGGACGGCAAGCGUCUACGCUGAAUCAUGCAGGUACUACGAUGAUUACGAAAUAUGGGAGCAUUAAGCGGGGUACACGCAUACCUAUAAUCAGGCUGAAUUUGAGCAUUAUUCCUCCCUUGAUCAAAGUCGCCAAAGGCCUAAUUGUCGGUUGUCUCUAAACGAUUAUCCUGAGCAAUUAACCAGGGGUGUCAGGUUUUUUCCAUACCCAAUCUGCUUGGAAAACAACAAUCGUAAUGUUAAGCCUGUUCAGUAUUUACGAUUUUACACAAUUGUCUAUCGUGUGGUCAACACCAAGAUGGGCUGAUACACGGACACUGUGAUUGUGACAUGGAGGAGAAUGCUAGCCAAUCAGCAAGCUCGCCGAAGCUGGCGCUGUUGCUCAACACAAACAAAGGAGAAACUGGUUGUCUUGCUUGUUUGCAGAAUGUCUCUCACAAAUCAUUCACCCAAAAAAAAUAAAUGACAAGGAGACGAGAAGAGUUUGCACCAGAUUAACUAACACAUGGGCUGUGUUCAGACUCAUUCACGCAUUCCCCACUCCUACAUUUUUUAAUGUAGUGGACAACAGCGAACCCUCGCAUAUUUGCAGUUCAGCAUUCGCCAAUUUGCCUAUUUACGAAUUUGUUUUGGAACAUAUCCGCCGCUCUUUGCUGAAAAACUAUCAGGAUUGCUUUGGCUCCAUCUGGUGGCAUUUGGGUGUCAAGGAACUAUGUUGCAGUGAGUUGAGGAGUUCCAGUUACACAAAAGUUAAGCUUUUCCACCAACUUGUCUCACCUUUAGGCAAAAUAAACAUUUUUACGGCAGGUGCCAAUUAAUGACGGAUUUUCAAUAUUCGCGGCAGAGCUUGGUCCCAAUGUCCCGUGAAUAGCAGGGGAACACUGUACCCGGAGAAAACCCACGCAAGCACGGGGAGAACAUGGAACUUAACGCAGGAAGGCCAGAGCCCAAAAAUAGUUUUCGAAUACUACUUGGGCAGGCUGUUAAUUACAUUUUUACUGUUGCAUAAUUACAAUACGGAUAAACGUCAGUCAGUGGACCUUCAGUAAUAAAUAUUAAACAAAGAAAUUAUAAUAACUAUUUGAAUUUUCGCUCAGUAUAUUUUACCAAAUUAAUGCAAACAAAGCACUAGUUCCAUCCAUUGUUUUGUGUUUUAUGCAUUUAGUUUUACUGUAUCAGUGAUAUACUUAGAUAUAUUGCCUUUCUAGUGACCAUCAGUUGCUCAUUACUUUUCAAUAAGCGUUGUGGGAUACUUUGAGGGCACUAUAUAGGUGAUAAUUUAUACAUUCCAACAGCACUACAAAUAGGCCAACUGAUUCCGAACACAGCGUCCGGCCACCUGCUUCUAUUUUGUAUUUUUUGGCUGUCUGGAUGCCCUGUAGCACCAUGCUGCCUCUCACAGGUCAGUUUUGACACUACGACAGACAUGGUUAUGUGUGCUGUGUUGGUCAUCUUGAGUAGAACACGCUUUUGGAUUUUCUUGUCGUGUGUAAAAAUUGGUAUGCGUAUACCCCACUUUACUUAACAGAAAGCCAAGGAGUAAAACAAAAAACAUUUUCAGGGUCGCACCGAAUCAUCAUGUGCUCUGUGCCAAAAAAAAUAAAAUUAAAAAAUAAUGAACUGAAAAAGAAGCAACAAUGAACUCAUCAAAAUGCAAUACUGCCAUUGUAUUGUGAUGACCAAUUCCACAUCGUUUGAUUUAGCAUUGGAAAGAGCAAACAGAGGGUUUUGCUAAAGGCAUUAAGAUAUCAUCCUGUGUUCAGUGGUGUUUUUAUAUGAAUAAAAGAAAACGGUGGGUCGCAGACCACUUAGGUAGAUACAGUAUAAACCAGGAUAACUACACUACUCUUACUGUCUGCUUCUCUUACUACAGCAACGUACUCAACUGUGCAGCCCACAAAAAAAAAAAUGUCAAACCUAAAAUAGAAUAUUAGCUAGCAGCUACAGCAGUGGAAAACAACAGAAUUGUCUUUGCCACAUCACAUUGUCGUGGUCACCUGUUGCUAGGCAGGAGUCGUGGGGUACAACAAGCCCAAUGAAAAAUCCCCACUCACUGUUCCUGCCACCUCUCCCUGACCUUUCUCUGAUGUGGUGGUCCGGGAGCACUCUGCAUUAGGUCAUAGUUAAGUGUGACUGGCAUAUCGAGCAUGUAUAUCAAAAUUAUUAUUUUAAUGAAAUGUUUUUUUCUUUAUUUUAUUUUUAAAAUGCUAUUUAUGGGACACUGACAGUACAAACGCUAACUACCGACUUGGUGCAGCAGCCAUCCAAGAAAGGACAGGGAGAUCUGGCAGAAAAGAGGAAGUCGGUCAGAUGCAAACCAAGGAUAUUUUUCCAAAAACAUCAGUAUUAUGUUUAUUUAUACACAAUUUACGCACAACUAUGUAUUGGAUAUUUUAAAAAGACAUCUGUUGGACUUAGUACUCAGAGGUAGAAAACAUUUCUCCCCCCCAAAAUGUUUCAUUCCAUGCUCGCAUCCAUCGUCACUUGAGUCCGAUAAAAAGUACAAAAAAAUCAGGGUGUUUGCACAGCUUGUCAAUUUACACAUAGAAUGCAACUACUGUACUGAGAAAAUAGCAAGAAAUUACGCUGGGACCAUUAUGAACAUUCUGUGUACACUAUUGAGACUUAAUAAGCAGACGUUUCCCAAAGAUGUUAGAAGCUCAUAGAGAACAAUAUUACUAACAAUGUACAAUAGGGCACAUAAUAUAUACAGCACCACUUUACUGAACUUUCCGUAUCUAUCUCAGCAUAAAACCUUUCAAAUACUAAGUGACUGACAAGUGGUUCUGUUCCAUCGCAUCCAGCUGACAGUGUAAUUGCAUAGCGUAGCGCGCAAAAAGUGGUCUGUGUUUCUUUUUUGCUUUAUAUUGACGAUCUGUGCUUAAUAUUCUGUGCGUGUGUGAGUUUUUAAGGGACCUUGUGUAAGAUGUGUUGUAUAGAAUUGAACCUUUUGCCACCCAUAUUUUGCUGCCUCCAUACGUAAUACUGCUAAUGAGCACACUUGUGUUUGUGCAUCAAGCAUAUCAAAGCAGUAUCUAGUUAUACUGUACAUUUAGUAAAAGAGGACAACAGCUACGUCAAUUACAAAUAUGCCGAUACUAGCCACUAGUUAGCUUAGCAUUUCUGGAAAUGGUGCCUUUAUGACUUAAAAGGUGACACUUCAGUUUAGAAUGUGCCAAAAUUGUGUAAAUUGGGCCUUAACAUGCUGGUGGUUUGAUAUGGUUACUGCUAGAGUGAUCCAAGCUACCUGUGUUUGUGCUAACUGCUAAGUGUGUUUAAAUCUGAAAAUGUGCAUUGAUAAAACAAUUUUUAAACGUCUACAAUCCCAAUAUGGGGCGUAGCACCAGAUUCUAGGCCCACAUACAGUAGCUUUAUGGAGGGCCCCCUCCUAGAAAUAAUUUAUCGGGGGGGGGCAGUCAGAGGCCCUCCAAAAUGCUCAUGGCCCUGGGACAGCUGUCCCCCCCCCCCCCCCCCCUCAGUGCAACACCCCUGAUAAAAAUGGGGGCAUGCGGUAAUACCAGUCACGAGGUAGCUUAGCAACAGUAAAAACUGUGACACAGCUUUUAAUCGUGUCUUAAACAUUCGUAUUUAUGAAUUGGUACUGAACUCGCGCCUACAUAGAUUUUGUUACAUUUAGAGCAAGCUCAGCUCGCUACAUUUGUGAAGCUUGUUGAAAUCUGCAAAUUUACAACAUUAACUUAUUGAGUAUUGGAAAGUCUACAAUCCCGAUAUCGCGUCCAUAUGCUAAUACUUGUCCCUCACGCUUGUUAGCCUAGCAUAGCCAUACACUACAAACGGUGACACUACAGUUUUUAAACUCGUGUUUUAAAGCUCAAUAUGUAUAUUAAAAAAAAAUUAAAUUCUAGAAUUAGUCAAGCCAACGGCUAAAUUCGCUCAAAUUUGCAAAUACUGCAUACGCCAUUAACUGAAAUUGUUAAAAGUCAAGAAUGUCAAUUAGUCCAUAUGGUAACACUAGCCUCUAGUUAGCUUAGCAAUGCUUGAAAUUGUGCCAAGCAUAACUUAACUUGACACUUCAGUUUAAAACGUGUGUAUUAAAGUCAAGUGGCCUACAGUAUGUGUGAACUGUGCGUUAUUAGGAUUUCCUCAGUUUCUAGGCAGGACACGCCCCACUGCAACAUGAUUGGCUCCUGCGUCACGGGAAGGGCAGGCUACGCAGAUAUACAGUAACAAGGUGACCAUCCCAAACAUGUAUCACAUUUGCACGAAAUAAAAACAAAGAAGUUUGUUAUGGUUAAAUUUAGGGCGAGGGUUGGGGAUUAAGGUGAUUUAAGAUGGGUUAAGGUUCAGAUUAGGGUGAGUUAGGGUUAGUGGGAAAUAUAUUAACCCCACCACACAUAAAUCACAUACUUCUUUUCCCAUCUGGAAGCAGUGGCGCGUAUUCUACCGGGAUACAGCAUCCAAUCAUAGAGCAGCGGCGCUCGUCUCGGAGCCAGUAAUAUUGCAGCGGGGCGUGUCCUGCCUGAAAACGUUGUGGGAGUCCUAAUAACACAUGAACUGCGCCUAAACAUGCUGCUAGUUAGAAUUGGUUACUCCAAGAUGAGACAAUUUAGCUAAAAAUUGUUUGGAUUUACAUUCCCCCCCCCCACAGGAACUACUGAAAAUGUAAUUAAGGACCCUGGGAACUUGAUUACUUGAUCAAAAGAAGAAUAUGCUGCUUUCAUAUGCUUGAUAACCACAUAAAAGUAUCAAAUGUUUUUGUCGUUCUGCCUUUUUUUCGACACGUGCCGUGUCGUACCGACUAGCAAAACAUAUUCAAUUCACAACACUGGUCAUGCUACCAUUGCUUACAUUAGCCGCUAACCACAAGACUGGGGGCUGCUUAAAAUGCUUUCUUAUUUUGCACGCACAUGCCUUUCUCCAACUCUGACGUGUACAGUAUACAGUAGUUACCAUUUGGCCUUAAUUGUCGACAUGGAUAUUUAUUAAUGAUGAGCAUUUUGUUCCAACGCAGUGAAGCAUGCUUCGUUUUGAGCGGCUCCUGGAUGAUGCAACAUACUGUACUGGACAUGAAUGUAGCCACAUGUGUAAAGCCAUUUUCCUUUAAUGGCCCCCCUCAUUGCUUUAUUAUUAUUUCGUUUUGUUUUUUUUUUCUUCCCAAAACAGUCCCAUGACAAAUACCAGCACAAUAAAAGUACAACUAACAUUCAAUUUUCCUUAUCGGCCUCAUCCAAUGAAACUCUAUCCACU